ACUCGAGCCGUGACGUCACCGACACCCUUUCCGAGGCUCGGAUUAAAGAUGGCGCCCUCUCAUGUGUUAAAGUGCUGUCAGCGGGGAUUAGCCUGGAUACCUGUGAUUUUUAUCAACGCGGUCGUGUGCUGGUCCUACUAUGCGUACGUGGUGGAGCUCUGUAUAUACACAAUCUCCAACACAGAGGAGCAAGUUAUUUAUCUGUUAGUGUUUCACGUCUUUUUCUUCAUGUUCAUAUGGUCCUACUGGAAGACCAUAAUUUCCAAGCCCGUCGGCCCCUCGAAAGAGUUCUGUCUCCCUAAAGUGGACAAAGAGCUCUAUGAGAAAGAGGAGAAUCCAGAGGCCCAGCAGGAAAUCCUGAAGAGAGUGGCCAAAAAUGUACCCAUAUAUACACGCACAGGAUCUGGGGCUAUCCGGUACUGUGACUGCUGUCAGUUGAUCAAACCGGACCGAUGUCAUCACUGCUCCACCUGUGACAGAUGCGUGCUGAAAAUGGAUCACCACUGUCCAUGGGUUAAUAACUGUGUUGGAUUCUCCAACUAUAAAUUCUUUGUGCUGUUCCUGGUGUACUCUAUGCUGUACUGCGUCUACACUGCUGCCACUGUUUUGCAGUACUUUAUCAAGUUCUGGACACUUUGCAGACGGAGGGCUAUAGAGCAUUGCCCAGAGAAUCACCUGCCAGACACUCAUGCAAAGUUCCACGUGUUGUUCCUGUUCUUUGUGGCAGCCAUGUUCUUCAUCAGUAUCCUGUCACUCUUCAGCUACCACCUGUGGCUCGUGGGAAAAAACAAAACCACUAUAGAGGCGUUCAGGGCACCAGUGUUCAGAAAUGGCCCAGAUAAAAAUGGCUUCACUCUGGGAUUCCGCAAGAAUGUCACCCAAGUGUUCGGAGACCAGAAGAAAUUUUGGUGCUUGCCCAUUUACAGCAGUUUGGGCGAUGGCUACACGUUCCCUACCCGCCUAGUCAACACUGACUCAGAGCAAGGCAAUGUUGAACGCCAGGACAUUAAAUGCACUGUUGAUGGACAGACAAACCCCAGACCUCUGAGUGAGUCACAGAACCAUCUCCUAGGCAAUGAUAUGCACUCUGAGAAGCAGAAAGACAGCAGCCCGACCAACAUCGAGGUGUGUCAGCCUGUUUCAAUUACUAUGGUGAAUGAGUCCUAAUCAGGACUUUGGCAUGGCACCAGGAUUUUUUCUCAUUUAUGAGUACUGUUGUCACGAGACCUCAUGUGAAAGCACACAACCCUCAAGA